GAACCGGAAAAGACAUCAGAAAUUCAAGGAAGGAGAAGUUCCAUUGACAUUGACUUAUGCUCUUCUCUUCUCCCUUCCUUGUUUCUUCUUUCAAAGCGCUUUUGUUACAUUUCUUUUUUUUUACAAAAGCACUUAUGUGUACUUUCUUUCUUUACCAUUAAGCUACUAGUAUAUAUUUGGACUUCAAGUGAAAGGAAAAAAAUAAUAAGAGAGCUUAAAUAAAUUGAAGAAAAAUUAGAAACAAAUGGAUUCGGAAAUUUUUCAUACAAUCUUAACCAAAUCACUCACCGUCCUUGUCUGGCCUCCAAUUAGUUUGCUUUGUCCCUUAUACGUUUCUAUUCGGGCAUUGGAGAGUGAUUGCCGUUCAAGUAAUCAACGAUGUCUUGCUUUUUGGGUUCUGUUUUAUUUGUCUAUGAUCAUGGAAUGUGAAUUUGCAGUGUUAUUUACCUGGCCCCCAUGGUGGCCUCAUGCAAAAGCCAUGGCAACUUUCCUUCUGUUAAUACCUAAUUUUGGUGCUGCGCUAUACAUCUACAAGUUCUUAAUUAAACAUUACUGUACUUGGAACAUUUGUGCAUGGACAUUGAACAUCUUUUAUCAGAAAAUCACACGUUUUGAAUCAGAUGAGGACAGCGAAAAACUUUCGGAACAAGAGGAGAAAAACUUAGUAUAUCAGGGAAGAGAUGAUCAUGCUGAUUGUGACAAGACAAAAAGCAGUUAUGCAAGUAAAAAGCAAGUCCAAAAGGAAUGGAGCUGUGCUUUAUGUCAAAUUAGUACUACAAGUGAAAAUUGCUUAGUGGAACAUCUUCAAGGGAAGCAACACAAAGCUAAGAAAAAAGAACUUCGAGUAGGGUUACGUUUAAUUAAUAGUCCGUAUAUGUUAUCCUUUACGCAAGAAAGAAUCAAAGGAAUGACUCUACUUAAAAAUCUCAACCAAAUUGCAAACAUUCUGAGUCCAGUUUCUACAUCCACAAUAUGGUGUGAAUGGAAAAAGCCGGAAUUCGGAUGGACAAAACUAAACACUGAUGGUUCUGUAAAUAAAGAAACUGCUGCUUUUGGCGGGCUGCUUCGUGAUCACCGUGGCGAACCGAUAUGUGGUUUUGUCUCGAAAGCUCCUCAAGGAGAUAUUUUCUUGGUAGAACUUUGGGCUAUAUGGAGAGGCCUUGUUCUCUCUUUCGGUCUUGGGAUUAAAUCAAUAUGGGUUGAGUCAGACUCCAUGAGUGUUGUCAAGACUAUCAAUAAAAUGCAGCCUUGUCCGAAAGCUGAAAGUUGUUUGGAAAAAAUAUGGAAACUGUUGAGUAAGUUUGAAAAAUAUCGGAUUUCGCACUCGUGGCGCGAGACUAAUAGAGCAGCAGAUCAUCUUGUUGGAUUUUGAUCCUUUGAUUCCUAAUUUUGACAUAAUUCACAAUUCAACAAUUUUCAUACUUAAUAUGAUAAAUCUAAUAUUUCAAUUGAGCAAAA